AUUUUGCUGCUUUCUUUUAUUUCAGAGAUUCCGCUUUUGUGGAGAUCUCGACUGUCCUGACUGGGUCCUUGCAGAAAUGAGCACCUUAGCUAGAAUGUCCAGCGUCAAGAUGAAACUUCUGUGCGUGCAAGUCAUUAAAGAUCUGCUCGAUGAAGACAUCGAUUAUGACAAAGUUUCAAAACUAACCUCAGAUGCAAAGUUUGAAAGUGGAGACAUUAAAGCCAGUAUAGCAGUGCUGAGUUUCAUUCUGUCCAGUGCUGCUAAGCAUGACGUGGACAGUGAAUCUCUCUCCAGUGAACUUCAGCAGCUUGGCCUCCCUAAAGAGCACACCACCGGAUUGUGUAAAUCAUAUGAGGAUAAACACAGCGCUCUACAGGAAAAGCUGAGGGAGAGCAGUCUGCGCUUGGGUCGUCUGGAAGCGGUGAACUGGCGGGUCGAUUACACCUUGAGCUCCAGUGAACUGAAGCAUGUGAAUGAACCCACAGUCCAGCUCAGACUUCAGGCUCAGGACCCCGAGACAGACUCCACAAAGACCACUGUUGUCUCCAUCACUGCUGACAAGUUCAGAGUACUGCUAACAGAACUCAAACAAGCACAGACUAUGAUGAAUGCACUACAGUGAACCAGUCAGCAUUUGUUGAAUAAUAUUGCUGAAAUGUGUACAGAAUCUGUUCGUGUUUAUAAACUCAGUUUGUAAAC